AUGUCUUGGGCAGGUACGAACCCAACUGCGACAAAGAAGCGAGACCAAUUUAACGAAAAGACCAAUCUAACGAGAAGAACAGGCUUUAAGAAGAAUGUCAACCGAGCGACGACACAGGUGAUGAUGAAGACGGGGCAUGUCGAGAGGACAAAUGAUCGCGACUAUGAGAUCGAGGAACGGCGGUACCGGACCAUGGAGACCGCGGCGAAUCGCCUGCAGAAGGAAGCGAAGGGAUAUCUCGAUUCACUACGAGCGAUGACGGCAUCUCAAAUGCGCAUCGCGGAAACGAUCGAUGCCUUCUACGGCGAUGCCGGGACCCGAGACGGCGUCAGCCGCAGCUACAAGCAAGCCGUUGAAGACCUCGACGCAGAAACUAUUAAGGCCCUGGACGGCCCUUACCGCGCGACGGUCCUCGACCCCAUCUCCCGCUUCUGCGCCUACUUCCCCGACGUAAACGAAUGCAUCAAGAAACGCAACCACAAGCUCCUGGACUACGACGCGGUGCGUGCCAAGGUCAAGAAGCUCGCCGAGAAACCCGACAAGGACGUGACCAAGCUGCCGCGCACAGAGCGCGAAGCUGAAAUGGCCAAGCAUGCCUACGAGCAGCUGAACGAGCAGCUCUUCAACGAACUCCCUCAGCUCAUCGACCUGCGCGUGCCUUACCUCGAUCCCAGCUUCGAGGCCCUUGUCAAAAUUCAGCUGCGCUUCUGCGCAGAGGCAUACUCGCGCAUGGCGCAGGUCCAGCAGUAUCUUGAUGCCGAGACGCGCGACCAGUACGCCAAGGGCGAUUUGGAUAAUCGCGUCGAGGAGGUGCUGCAGGAGAUUCGCGAUUUGAGUAUUGCCGGUACGGUUUGA